UCUAAGUUCAAUCUCAUUUAGACACGUGUCUAUGGUCAGUAAUUAGUGUACAACUCAUUAUAAAAAACGUUUGUUUCUCUUCUGGGCUCAGGCCGGAUUUAUGCGUCCGAGGAUACAUAGCUGGGCUCAGGUCACUAGUAUAUUCUUAACGGGCCGCGUACUCGGAUCCGUGAAGGAAACCCACCACUCAUCCAGCCCCUGACCCGUCCCCGGGCGUCUCCCUUUGCCCUAGCUGCGUGACGGCGGCUGUCGAGGGGAGAGGACAUGAAGAUUGAUCCGGGGUUUGAUGCAACUGGAGCUCCUUGCAAUCCAGAUCAUGACAAGUUCGAGCCGCCGCGUGCGGAAUCAACUAAGGGACAUGGUUCUCGGGAUAAUUACAUCCCACAUAACUGCCUUGGAAGCCAAGAAAGAUUAUUCAUGCAGCCAAACUUCUCUUACGUUGCGCUGCUGCGUGGAUAUCUUGAUAUGACCAACGGACAACAUCUGUUGGAUCACACGGACCAUGAGCUAUGUGUUACUUCAGGUGAACACACAAAAUCAAAUGUUGAUGCUGAUUAUGAGGAUGAUUUAACUGAUCAAAGUUUUGCUGAAAACUUGGAAGACAACGGUGCAUCAACCAGCGCUGCAGGAUAUCAGGAAUUAGGGGGGAUGGGUGUCUUUAUGGAUGGGCCACAGAGUUAUGCAACUCACAGUCCCAAUCUUGGUGAAGAAGAUGCAAUGAUUGCGGUCCGCCAACAACAAGACAAUGUCUCCAAUGAUGAGACUGAUGGAGAUCCUUGGAGGAUAACCUUAUUUGAUGAUAUACAGCUGGACCAGGUUGAAACGAAUAAUGCAGGAGGUGAAGGGCCUAAAGUAAAAAAAGCAAAUUCAUACUUGGAAUUUGGAUCAAGAAACAACUGAUGAUGAAUGUUCCUAUGACGAUCAGGAUCGGGAGCGAGGCACGUCGCUUGAUGCAGAUGGACAACAAACAGAAAACAAUGAGAAUGAAGAAAAUGACAUCAAUGAGGAAACCAUAUACGCUUUUUUGGAGAGUGAAAGACAUGCUUCUCAGGAAGGAACAAUAGAAGCAUUGACAGUGAGCUGAAACCUGCAACAGGGAUGCAAUUUCAAACAAGGGAAGAGGCUCAAAAAUUCUUAAACUUCUACGCCUUCGUAGCUGGUUUCUCCAUAUCAAUCGUCUCGACUUCCCGCACGACCAGCAAAAAAAGAGAUGGGGAGGUCACAAGAGUGACACUAAAAUGCAACAAGUAUGGACACAAUACGGAGGCUGAGAGGGAAAAGCUGAUUGCAGAAAGGCAGAGCACUGUUAUAGACAAAACAAAUUGUGAAGUCAAAAUACUGAUUGCUUUGAAA